AUGAUAGCAACGUGGAAUGCUUUGCUCCCUUCCAACAAGCAAGCUGCUGAGGAAUACUCAGGCGUAGCUUCUUAUAUUUGCUAUAAUCUAUGGAAGGCUCGCAAUGACCUACUUUUCAAUGGAAAGGAUUGGUCCCCGGUAGAGGUCGUCAGGCAAGCCGAGAAUGAGUUCCAGGAGUUCAACUUGAUUGCUGGCCCUGCUGCAGGAGAUCGCGGGCAUCAUGACCCUAUUAAAAGCACUGAGGAGGCUUCCCACAACCUAUGUUGGUCCCCUCCACCUCCAAGUUUCUUUAAGUUGAACUCGGAUGCCUCUUUGGUGGGUGACAUUGGAGGCCUUGGCUUCGUUCUUUAUGAUUCGGUCGAGAGGCCAACUAUGGCCUUUUCUGAGCCCUCAAGCUUCAAUUUGAUCUUCCAAGGAGAAGCCUUGGCUUUGAGAGUGGGUCUCUUCUAUUCUAUUGCAGAGAUGAUUGAUGAUAUUAUUGUCGAGUCGGACAAUCUGGAUUUGGUGAAGUAUUUGACAGACCUGAAGACUCCUCCCCAGGAUUCCAUCACCUUUGUCCAAGAUAUCGGAUACUUGCCUUCCUUCCCUCACUAUUGUUCCUUUAAGUUUGUUCCAAGAGAGAUUAACAGCGUCGCUGACUCUUUGGCUCGGAGGGUAGGGUCCAUUGGGUGUAGGACCCUUUGA